AGGUGGAGAGUUUCUAGGAGGAGAUCUGACUGCGUGGCUCAAGAAACAAGGCAUUGAGCAUCAGCUAACGACGUCCUAUACCCCUCAGUCAAAUGGCGUUGCUGAGAGGGCUAAUAGGACCAUCCUGGAAACUGCGCGAGCGCUGCUGAUCGAAUCAGGGCUGGGAAACUCCAUGUGGCCUCAUGCGGUGAGGCAUGCUACAGUGGCAAGGAACCGCGUACUCACAAAGGUGGCUGAUGAUAUGUGGGUGCCGCUGGAGAGGUGGCUUGGAAAGAAGCCUCCAGUGGACAUGCUUAGAGUGUUCGGAUGCAUGGCUGUGGCGCAUGUCCCUAAACCGUACAGGACAAAGCUUGGAGCAUCUGCACUGUGGUGUGUGCACCUUGGGCUUGCGGCAGGGAGCAAGGGGUGGCUACUCUGAGAGUCCUCAAAGAAUGUGUUGUUUGACGGUCGGGAUGUCAAAUUUGUGGAGAACAUCAUAUAUGGCAAGUGGGAGAAGCAGCCGGAGGCAAGGGUCACUCAGCAGCUGGAAGAGAUCACUAUGCACUUCGAUUUGUCCGAACCUGAGGAUAGCGAAGUCACUGCGCAAACGGCAAGCGGUACUGAUGAAGGAAGCAAUGAGGAUAUUGCAGCUGAUGCUGAAGUCAAGGAUCCGGAGCAGCAGCAGCAGGAGGCUUCCAAAACACCAAUGGAGGAGCCACAACUGAGCAACAGCAACAGGCUCAAGGCGAAGAUGCAGUGCUGUUCUUGGGUGAUGACCAAGAGUCAGAUGACGAGGAGCCUGCAUACUGCUUUUACGCACCAGUACAACCUCCGAGCAUGGAUCAUGCGCUAGCCGGGCCUCAACGGGGGAAGUGGCUCGUUUCGAGAGAUGCAGAGUACAACAGCCAGAUGGAGAAUCACACAUGGGACCUGGUAAACUUGCCAAAUGGGAAGAAGGCUAUACAGUGCAAGUGGCUGGCAAAAAUCAAGACGGAUGAGAAAGGAGAGCCAUCAGUUUACAAGAGCAGGCUGGUGGCAAAGGGGUUUCAGCAGAAAGAGAAGGAAGACUACAAAGAAGUG